AUGAAGUUAGUUAACAACACCAUCUGCAAGAUGAUUAUGGGGAGGAGUUGUUCUGAGGAGAAUGGUGAAGCUGAGAGAGUCAUAAGCUUGGUGGCCAAGUCAGAUGCCUUAGCAAAGAAGUUCUUCUUGGCAGCCAUCCUGCGCAAACCCCUUCCGAAAUUUGGGAUCUCACUGUUCAAAAAGGAGUUAUUGGAUGUUUUGAGCAAGUUUGACGAAGUGUUAGAGAAGAUUCUUGUGGAAAACAAAGAGAAAUUGGAUCAGGAGCAUCAACAAGAUACUGUCAUGAUGGAUAAGCUAUUGGAAGCUUAUGGAGACGAAAACGCAGACUGUAAAAUCAGUAGAGACCAUAUCAAGUCCUUGUUUGUGGAUUUGUUCGUAGCAGGCACCGACACCUCGACGCACACUAUACAAUGGAUCAUGGCCGAGAUCAUACACAAUUCCUACAUUCUUGAGAUACUGAGAGAAGAAAUUGAUUCCGUUGUAGGGAAAACAAGGUUGAUUCAAGAAACUGAUCUACCGAACCUCCCUUACUUACAAGCGAUUGUCAAAGAAGGGCUAAGAUUGCAUCCGCCGGUCCCCCUUGUGGUAAGGACGUUACAAGAAAGGUGUAUGAUCGGAGGGUUUUAUGUACUGGAGAAGACAACACUUCUUGUUAAUGGUUAUGCUAUGAUGAGAGAUCCCGAGUACUGGGAAUAUCCUCUAGAGUUUAAGCCAGAGAGGUUUCUAACUUCUUCAAUGAAAAAAGAUGAGAUAAGAGAUGAAGUCCUAAAAUACAUUCCUUUCGGGAGCGGCAGAAGAGGCUGUGCUGGAGCAAAUCUAGCUUAUGUCUCUGUAGGAACCGCGAUUGGAGUGAUGUGCCAAUGCUUUGAUUGGAAGACCAAAGAAGAUAAGGUCAACAUGGAUGAGGCUGCUGGGAAAAUAACGUUGACCAUGGCUCAUCCCCCUAAGUGCACUCUUGUUCCUCGAACCCUAAUCCCUUUAACUUUAUGUAUGCAGAUUCCCAUUUCCUGA